AUGGGUAUCUGGGACGCCCUUUCCGAGAUUGUCGAGGCCGUUGUGCCAUGGAGCAUUGUUGAGGCCGAGGCCCCUGCCGAGGAGCCCAAGCUGUUACAGGAGGAGCAGGGCGCCGAGGACGAGUCAAAGGACGAAGAGACCUCCGAAGAGCCUGCCGAGGAAGCCACCGAGGCCGCCGAGGACGAGGAGGAGGAGGAGGAGGAGGAGGAGGAGGAGGAGGAGGAGGAGGAGGAGGAGGAGGAGGAGGAGGAAGAAGAGGAAGAAGAGGAAGAGGAAGAGAUUGUCGACCCCAAGGAGACUCUUGAGGAAGAAUGCAAAAAUUCCGCUCAGUGUGCCCCGGCCAAGCACCACUUCGACGAGUGUGUCGAGCGUGUUCACCAACAGGAGAGCGAAGGCGAAGCCAAGGAGGAUUGCGUCGAGGAGUUCUUCCACCUUGCCCACUGCGCCAGCGCCUGCGCCGCUCCCAAGCUAUGGUCCAAGCUCCGAUAA